AGGUGGUGGGCGUGGCGACCAUAGGUGAUUCAUCUCAGCUUAAACGCGCGACAAUCGAGGUCGAUCCACUAAAAAAAUAAAAUAAUUUGGCACAGUCGAUGAGCCACUGGCACGAGCUACGAACCACAUUUCGACAACAAGUAAAUUUACCAGUUCCAGUGAGUGUGGAGCAGUUCUCAACGCACACAUGAGCUCAGUUUUCAGAGACUGUUUGGAGUUGUGGAGGAUAAUGCGUUUCAAUACUGUCGUAAUCUUGUGUUUACUAGCCGGUGUGUUUGGUGCACAGACGGAUAACACUGAAACAGUGUCAGUAAUGGUGGGAGAUUCAGUCACUCUGCACACAGAUAUUGGAGAAAUUAAGAGAAAUGAUGACAUUGUGUGGAAGUUUGGACCGGACAGUCCAGACACCCUGAUAGCUGAAAUCAUCAAAUGGUCCUACAUGUUCUACAUAUAUGAGAGUCAACAGGUGCCAUUUAAAGACAGACUGCAACUGGAUUAUCAGACCGGGUCUCUGACCAUUAAGAAAACUAGAUCUGAACACUCCGGAGUUUAUAAAUUAACUAUCGUCAACGGCAGAAAGACUUCCAUCAGGAGAUUCAGUGUUAAAGUCUACGCUCCUCUGCCCGUUCCCAUGAUCAGCAGUGCCUCUCAGAACUCCACGGCGUCGGAACGAUCCUCAGGUCCAGCAUGUGUCUUGACGUGUUCUGUGAAGAAUGCGACACGGGCGACUCUUUCCCUGUACAGAGGCAAUGAUUUAGUGUCCAGCGUCAGUGGCUCUGACCUCAGCAACACACUGUCUAUACCUCUGGAAAUGGAGGAUCUGGAUGAAAACACCUACAGCUGUGUGGUGAACAACCCCUUCAGCAACCAGACGGCACUGCUUAACGCUUCAGAUCUCUGCCAGCCGCCUUCAGACUUCAACUCGUUGUUCUACUGUCUGGUGCUCCUGCUGCUGAUUCCUGUAGUUCUCACAGUGACUGUUGUGAUAGUGUGUGUCUGUAGGAAACGUAGGAAAGCAGAACAAGAGACUGAUGAAACUUGCUGAAGAGAACUGUGAGGAUGAAAUGCAGAAUGUGUGGAAAGAUGUGAUGGAGAGACUGUAUUAUUGCACACACUGAAGCUCUCUGGUUAGUGUGAUGUCUAUUAUGUCAACAUAUAAGAUGGAGUCCGUUCAUGUGUGUUUUGUCACCAUCACUCAGAAUGUCCGUCCAGACAUGAUGAACUGGUGGUCUGAUGCCGACUGACUGUUUUUUAAAAAUCCUUCAGUUGAUCUUAACAAAUGUGCUUUCAAUGCCACUCGUUGAAGAAUUAUAGCAGUGUGAUUUGUUAUAUUUCAAUUUUGUGAUGAGAAACUUGAAGAUGUUUUAAUCCUCAU